AUGGAUGGUGAUCAGUAUAUUUUGGAAAUACAAGAAACUGUUUUUUUAUCCAAUUCAGAUGUAACUAUUCAAAAUUUUAUUCCUGAUGAGCCAGACUCAAUUAUAAUCCAAGAUGGUAUUGAAAACUUUGUUAUUGAAGAUGUUUGUUAUUCACCUAUUUUAGAGGAAACAGAUAUAUGUGAUAACAUUAUCAUUCCUGAGCAAGUGCUUGAUUUAGAUAUAACUGAAGAAUUGUCUUUAGCACAGUUCCCAGUUCCAGACAUUUUAGGUUCUAGUUUUACAUCAACCUCAUUGACUAUGUCUGAACAUGUGUUGAUGAGUGAAGCUUUGCACAUGUCUGACGUGGAACAUAUUGAGCAUGUGAUUCAUGAUAGCAUAGUAGAAGCAGAAGUCAUCAGUGAUCCUCUGACAGCUGACAUUUCAGAAAUAUUAGUAGCAGAUUGUGCUUCUGAAGCAGUCUUAGAUUCCAAUGGUAUGCCUUUGGAGCAACAAGAUAACAUCCAAGUCAACUGUGAGUACUAUUUUAUAAUUUCUUUGGAUGACACUGACAAAACAGAUCCUGAAGAUUCAACUGAUGUUACCAUUCAUGCAGAGCCAGAAAUUGAUCCUUGUACAUUGGAUGGCACAUGUCCUGAAGUUAUCGAGGUGUAUAUUUUUAAAGCUGACCCCAGAGAAGAUGACCUAGGUAAGGAGGAAAACUUAUAG